AUGCCAGAUUCAGAAAACACAACCAGCCCUUUGAGGUCGCGGACUCGGCUCUCGCACCAUGACAAAGCCGACGACGAUGAAGAUACUGGCGAAGUGUCCAAGUCCGACCAAGAUGCUCAUCUCAGCUUUCUGUCGUAUGAGUCGGACGAAGAAGGCGAUGUCUAUAUCACCGAUAUGGAGGAGGAAAUGAAGCAAGAAAAGAAGCGGUAUCCUGGCGCCAGCAGCUGGGCUCCUGCCGAAGAGCGACUCUUUGAGAUACUGUUCAUGCGACAGGAUUUACCGAUGUUGCCUACAACAUGGGAUGUAGAUCUUCGCGGUAUUCCUAUCUCAGAAACAAUAUUCCGCACUUCGAAGGAUUUUCCUCCUAUUAUUUAUGCCCACGGCAAGAACUUCGCAGCAACACAAUGCCUGACUCGACUCGUCGAUCUUACCUCAAAGACCAGAGCCACCUGUCAGAGUGGCCACCGGAAAAGAGCACCGAAAAACAUCAAGCGAGAGCUCGACAGAUAUCUGAACUGGGCAGCACAGGAUGGCGGAUACAUGCAUCUCCGCAUCGUUCCGAACAUCGUGACUGAAGUUAUCGACACCACCAAGCCAGAAGAUGAAAUCAUAGAGUACAUCCAAAAACGCAUGAGAUUGCUAGCGAAGCUACAGAGAGAAUUUCUUCGCGAGGACAGGAGCCCGCACUUCUGGGAUGUUGUUAAACCCAGAAUCUUCAAAUCGCCUAAGAUCAGAGCAGAGCCAACAAUCAAAAUCGAGUCAGAUAAUGACGAGUCCCCAUCACGCGCGAGAUGGCUUACACCUGCUGAGAGCAGAGGUAGUUCUCAUUCCCUUUCUGAGAAGAUCUCCAUGAGGACUGAAUGUCACGGUAUCAAAGUCGAACCUGGGCUUGAGAGUCCCAGUAUCUCAGCUACUACGAAAAUCUUCAACAUCACAAGUAUCCCAAAGGUCACCCCACCUCCACGCUCCCAAUCGCCAUAUUCAACUGCUGAGCCAGAGACGCCUUCCAAGCACAGUUACACUCGCCAUCCCCCUGUGGUAUAUGGCCUUUUCAUAAUCAACACCUCAGUUCUUGCCCUCACAACAGACUCAUUCCAAGGGCCAGACUCAUAUGUCAGCUUUCAUGUUCAGGUCGACUUUUCUGACGAACACCAAAGUAUUUGGAACGCCUUGACAAUUGCUCUUGUGGCAUGUCUUGCUCGUGACGAGCUGCGUACUCGCAUCACGGACUUUGAGGAGCUGCCUCGCAUCGAGGAUAGCGAUCCAGAUGCUUGA